AUGGAUCCAUCAUCAUGGCCGGCGUGGGCACGUCAAGUCUUCCUCCUCUUUGCAUGGUGCAUUAUAUGGACAUCUGUUGCGCAAGAUGAACCAGCCUUUAUCCCUUGCCUGUUAUGGGGGCACCGGUCGGCCGUGGUCCAUCGGAAGCUAUACAUCGACGGGGGCUUGGUCAACAACUACACCAAAGAAUAUGAAGAGUCCUCUAAGAAUUUCAGCAGUCAUGGAAUAUACACCAAUCUCUCCAAGAACCACACCAUUCCGAGCGUGAAUGGCGGCAUCUUGUGGGAAGAUUCAGUGAACAAACGGCUCUACCUUUCCGGCGGUGAGUACUACGAGACUCCACCAUCCGAUGACUUUAUUCUCUAUAGUUACGAUAUUCUCUAUGAUGAAUGGGUGCAACAUGGCCCUCCCAAGGGAGCGGGAAUAAUCGAUGCAGUCAGUAGUUAUGGGGCUGGAAUAUCGAUUCCAUCAAGGGGAGAGGCAGAUUACUACGGCGGAUGGCUAAGCAAUAAAUCUGUUCCAGACUGGAAAGGUCUGCCGAGGGCCACGAAUAGAUUGAUCAAGUACAUGAUGGACUCGAAUUCCUGGAAUGCUGGGAUGUUGGUUUAUUUCGGUGGCACCAAAGACUUGUAUGGGAAUGGGACCCUGACGCCGCAGCCCUUGGAUCAGAUCUUCCUAUUCGACGUCGCGAGCGCAACAUGGUACACCCAAAUGACCUCCGGCCACACCCCCAAGAUCAGACGGCGUUUCUGCGGCGGCGCAACCUGGGCACAGGACGGCUCAAGCUAUAACAUCUACAUCUACGGCGGCGCAGGCUUCCCUUCAAAUACGGCAGACUAUGAUGACAUCUAUAUCCUUACUAUCCCUAGCUUCCAGUGGAUCCGAGGCCCAUACCCACCCCCCAAUUACAUCACCGGGGACUACCCAAAGAUGAUGACGAGCUGCAACGUGGUCGACUAUGCGCAGAUGGUUAUCAUUGGCGGCACCAAUUCGGGCAACUACUGCAGCGGGUUGUUGGACGCCAACUUCAAUAUGAACCUCGGCGAACAAAACUCGGACAACGACAUCUGGUGGGAGUACCAGUCCAACUUGACCACGUACGCCGUGCCCACCGACAUCCUGACGGCUGUGGGGGGGCGCCAAUACGGUGGCGCAACCAGGACCGCGCCGACCAGCGGGUUCGACGACCCAGACCUGACGGGCCUUAUGACGCGCACGGCGAGGCCGGCGACAAGAACCCCGACACGCAAGGUCUCUAUCGCUACCACUACUACCACUCCGUCAAACUCCGGGUCUCUGAGCGCGGGGGCCAUAGCGGGCAUUGCGGUCGGCUGUAGCGUGGCUCUCAUCCUCGCGCUGAUAGGAUGUUACUUCUUCAUCCUCCGCAGACGGAAGUCCCUCGACCACAACCGCGUGGUCGCAUCGCCGCCGGUAGACGGGAUGUCGAAGACAUCCCAUCAUGAUGCAGCGAGUCAAGAGCCGGAGCACAGAGACCAGCAGUGGGUAUUGCCGGCAGGGCCCCCUGCUGAGCUGACAAGCGAGCGUGGACUACACUACGGACAUCAGAGCAGCAGUCCCACGAGCGGCAGGUUGCAGAGUGGCUCUGGAGACCCACCUGCUGAGCUGGCGGGUGGGCGUGAACUGCAUGCACUACGGACAUGGGAGCAGUAGUCCCACGAGCAACAUAAUUGAGAGUAGCCCUGGAG